GGUCAGUCAAACAAGGUGAGUAGGAGCGUGAACAGCUUAUACUACGGGGGUCGCAAUGAAGGUGACAUUAAAGCAUUUGGAAUAUUCGAGAGUUCGUGUGAAAAAACCAGUGUAUCGCGCAAACGAUACCAGUAACAUUUCAUAAAUCGUUAUGGAAGCUGAGUUGCGUACAGUGACUGGCACAUUUCAGCGAUUAAGAAGUGCUGUGUUGUUGUUACUUUCGCCUUGUAUUUAUCAGUAGAUUGCGUUAACAGAUUCGUGCAAUGACUGGCAUAUUACAUUGAACUUACCUAUCUUGUCCAAAUUGCUGUGUUGUGCACACAUUUUCGUAGUAUUUGUCAUCAAACGUGCACUUGGUACAAUGUCGUCACCCAAUGAAGAAGGCGUAUUGAGAUACGGAGGUUUUGCACCUUUAUCACCAGGUCCAGUCCUGGAUAUAACUGACGAUGAGCUUGUUAGUAUAUCAGUCCGUGAUUUAAAUCGUCAGUUGAAGUUGCGUGGUCUUUCAAGGGAAGAAAUAGUGCGAAUGAAACAGCGCCGAAGAACCCUAAAAAACAGAGGAUAUGCAGCCAGCUGCCGCAUUAAACGUAUUGAACAAAAGGAUGAACUUGAAUCAAAGAAGACCCAAGAAUACAGAGAUAUGGAAGCAAUGCAAGAGGAGAAUCGUCGUAUGCGUGUUGAAGUAGAGCAGCUCCAUGUCAAAUAUGAAGCUCUCAAGAAAUUUGCAGCAUUGAAGAAGAUUUCAAUUCCACCUGAAUUGGAAACUAUUUGAGCUUAACUUCAGAACAGUGCUACUUGCUCUUUUGUCCUUUUACAAAUUGUAUAAUGACAGCAUUGCAUAUGUAAAAGACCAAAAACAAGAAUUGUGUCUGAGACUUCUAGUAGUGUUCAGAUAUAUCUUCUUAUCAUACACUGCUUCCUUGAUUGUGCAAGGGAGUUACAGAAAUGAUUAAUCAUCUGAAGGCACAGUGUAAGCACAGAACACAUUUCAAUACCAAAGACAGGUAUUACCAAGGAGAAAUUGAUAGUACAGCACAGAGUUACUAAAUGUCAGUUAGACUGGUAUUACUUUUAUAAAAUUGUAAUAAAAUAUUUCCAAAUGUACUGUGUACUUAUUUCUACAAAGUUGUAUAAAUUAUAAGUGUCUAUAAUGUGUACUAUGUUUGCACUCUUUCUUGAGCUCUAAUGGAGAGGAAUGUGGGGAGCAGAGAAAGCAAGAUCUACCUUCAUCGAGGUAUACCACUACUGUAACUGUGCUUCGCUCUUCGUACCAAACAUUUAUGCAACCUUCUAUGGCCUCUUUUCUGGUGAGCUGUAGUAGUGGCCUUACUAGAACUAAUUUUUCAUUCAUUUGACCACACAGAAACCUGCAUUGUAAGAUGGCAUUCACUACAGUGGCCUCUAAAUUUGUAGUGCACCCAGUAUUGUUUGAUCACCAAGGUUGGCAAAAAGCACUAGUGAUGAAGUGUCUUCAAACUACAGCCAGUUCAAGAGUAGAAAGUAAGAAAGUGCUCAAGAAAAAGUUCAGAGUUAAUACUGUUCACACAUUGUGAAAUGUGAGAAUUGUUAUAAUAUGGUUUGCAUGCUCAAAAAUUUCUUAGAAGUACUAAAGUAAGUGAAAAUAUUUUUGAGAACGUGAACAUUAUGACGCAGGUGUUCAGUUGUCAGCAUAUCUAAUGGUAAAUACUUGCAUUGGAAGUAUAACAUGCUUGAGAAACUAUUGUAAUUAAAAUAUUCGUAUUAACAUGGGAAAUUAUGGGGUUCUAGGUUAUGAAAAUAUGACAGUAGAAUACUCUAUCAUAUGACAUUUAACAAGUAAAUGUAAUGGGGUAUGAGCUGAAAUGUAGGUAAUUAUGUGUCAGAACUGCACUAUAUUGACCAUGAAUAAAUCUUUUCGUACUGUUGGUA